UGCGUGGAUGGACGUGGACGUCCGCCUGCCUGCGUCCUGAACCGUCGCGAAAACACGUUUCCGCCCACAAGAAAGAUGGCGGCUCCCUUACUGGAGAAGCUGUCGGAGUCCCUAGGUUCCCCGGAGCCGGCGGUUCGCCUCAUCUUGUCCAUUUUAAUCGGGUAUCCCUGUGCUCUGGUGUACCGGCGUUUCCUUUUCUACCAGUCUGCCACAGUUAUCCACUUGUUCCACGCGUUGUCUGGAUUGGCUCUAGCAGCAUUCAACUUUGGCCCUCAGCUCUAUCACUCCCUAUUAUGCAUCUUUGUUCAAAUCCUGAUGUUGAGGCUCAUGGGAAGGACAGUAACAACUAUUCUGAGCAGUUUUACAUUUCAAAUGUUAUACCUGCUGGCCGGGUAUUAUUACACAGCGACGGAGGAGUAUGACAUCAAGUGGACUAUGCCUCAUUGUGUCCUCUCACUUAAACUUAUUGGUUUGUCAUUUGAUUACUAUGAUGGUGGGAAAGAACCAAUCCAACUGAGUUCAGAGCAGAAGAAGGGCGCCCUGCCAUCAGUGCCCUCGUUGCUCGAGGUGUUUGGCUUUUCCUACUUCUAUGGAGGCUUCCUGGUGGGCCCCCAGUUUACGAUGCGCAGCUACCAGAAGCUGGUGGCAGGGGAGCUCACCGACUGCCCUGGAAAGCCCCCCAACAGUGUUAUCCCAGCUUUGAAGAGAUUUGGUCUGGGGUUUCUCUGUCUAGUGAUAUAUGCAAUAUUUAGUCCUUCUUACCCAGACAGCUAUUACCUAACGGAUGAAUAUGAGGCUCAGCCAUUCUGGUAUCGCUGUGUGUUUAUUAUCCUGUGGAGCAAAGUCAUUUUGUAUAAAUAUGUCAGCUGUUGGGUUAUAGCGGAGGGUGUAUGUAUAUUAUCUGGACUAGGCUAUAAUGGAGUAGUGGAUGGCAAGCACCAGUGGGAUGCCUGUGCUAAUAUGAAGGUGUGGCUCUUUGAAACUACCCCACUUUUUGGAGGAACCAUUUCUUCUUUCAACAUCAACACAAAUGCUUGGGCAGCCAGACAUGUUUUUAAGCGGCUGAAGUUCCUGGGCAAUAAGACCUUGUCUCAUGUGUCCACGCUGCUCUUUUUGACAAUAUGGCACGGCCUUCACUCCGGAUACAUUCUUUGCUUCUCAAUGGAGUUCUUCAUCAUUACUGUGGAGAGACAGGCCCAGGCACUAGUACGAGAUAGUCCCCUGCUGACAAACCUGGCCAACAGCUGGCUCUACCCCCUCAUCUAUGUAGUCCAGCAGUUUGUCCACUGGCUCUUCAUGGGCUAUCCUCUCGUGCCAUUCUGCCUCUUUACCUACGACAAAUGGCUCAAGGUGUAUUCCUCUGUCUACUUCUGCGGUCACAUCUUCUUCCUUGUGGCUUAUUUAAGCAUGCCAUACCUCCGUAGAGCAUUUGUGCCUAAAGAAAAGACUGAGAAAAAGCAGGAAUAAAACCUCGUUCUGAGGUCUGACACGGUCCAAUUAAGGCUGAAUAUCCUCUGAAGGGAAAUGUUACUUUCAAGGAGAGGAACAGAAAAUAUUUUAAGGCCUUUAGUAAUAUAUAUGUGAAUAUAUGUCCAUGUAAAAAAAUAAAUUGCUAUAUAUUUUUGUGUUCUUAAGUGGGAGGGGUGUUUUAUAAACAUUUUAAGUAAUGUUUAAAAUGUUUACAGGAAAUUACCAUUGUGCCACAUGGGGUAAUUGUCAGCCCAUCAGGGGGGUUUUCUUUUUUAAUUUUGCUGUCACACAGGAUUGCACUCAAGAGUCACAGUUUUUGUUUGUUUCUUUUCUUUUUGCUCUGGUGGGUUUGUUUGUUUUGUGUUUGUUUUUGUUUCUUUUUUGUUCAUCGCUCUUGUCUGACAUCUACAGUAGGUCUGCACAAGAGUCAGUUCCAGUUCGUAUGUGAGUUCUGGUACAAAACUAGCACGUAUGUGCACCUCCUAAUGUCCUGAUACAAGUUCAUACAGCUUUGCAGCAAAAGCAAUUAGAUGCUGGUAAUUAUCAGGGGCUUUGCAUUUUCUUUAAUGGCUGCUAGUGGUUAUACAAGCACCGCAAAUUGCACACUGUAAACUAACUCCCAACUCAAAAUGGCCUUCAGUCCAUGAAUCUUCUUUUGUUUCCCAUUAUUUGUUCUGAAAUGAAUUUGAGUUGUGGUUUUUUUUUUGGGGGGGGGCUUGAUUUCUUUUUUUAAAGAGUUAUUACAAUUUUUAUGAAUAAUAACAAUUUGUAGCUUUGGAUAAAAAAAAAAUUCCUGAAGAAAUUUGCGUAAUUUUUCUGCCUUUCAAAUUUUUUUGGGUGUUGCCACAUUGCUCCCCUUUUUCUCUUUUAAGUCUGUGCCUCUCUUCUGUCCGUCUGCCUGGAUUUAAGCCCGGCCAUCACUCCACAUGCACAGACACAAAAGUAAAUCACAAUCAGUCAUGUUUGUUUCAUUUUGGACUUUAAACUAAGCAUUCAUAUUUUUUUUUUCUUCCAUCACCUGUGAUCUGUUUUGUUUUUAGAAGAGCACGUGGUAGUUAGAUGACAUCCAUGCACCCUGAUCUAUUGUGAGACAACCUCAGUGUUUUUCAGUUUUUUUUUUCUUAAUAUGAAUAUUUCUUGUGAUGGGGCGGAAAAUCUGACCCUUUUCAGGGUGGACGAAGGACACAACUCCGCUGCCACUGCCACUGUCCUUUCAAAUACAUGGAGAGGAACAACCUCACUGUAGCAACGGCCCAGAUUUCAGUAAUAUUUAUAUAUGAACGUGCUGAUUACUAAUUGAUGAAUUGCUAUUUCAAGAGAGUACUUUUUUGCCUUACCCUUUGCAAAUGUACAAAGGAAACCUGGGAUGUGGAAGCUGGGGAAUGAUUUUCAAAUACAGUUUUUGUAAUGUUCAUUAAAAAAAAUUGCUGCAUUUCAAGUAAA